AUGGUGGCUGCGGCGGGCUGCGCGGUGGCUUUCGGAGUCGCCCAGCAGCCGCAGGGUGCUGCCGCUGGGACGCCAGGCGCUUCUGCGCUGCGGCGGGCGCGCCAGCUGGCGGCCCGGCAUGCCGACGCGGGGCGAUUGCAGGCCGCCCUGCACCGUGUGGAGGAGCUCGAGGUCGAGCUUCAGAACCUGCAGUCGGCGGUGCGAGCGAUGAGGCUCCAGGCCGUAGAGCAGGCCGCAGCUGUGUUGCCGACGGAGAAGGCGCCUUCGCCGCCUCCGGAGGCCAACCCGGGCGAGCGCUUGGCCCUCAUGGCGCCGGUGCUGACCAACUCGAGGGCAGACUCGAGCACGGUCCGACGCCGCAACGAGGCGGGGCAGUGCUGGGGGGCCCCACCGCGUGCCAUCCGCCGCAUGGGCAAGGCCAGCCUCAACCGCCUCCAGCGCAGCGAAGGGGGCUCGGGCACCGAGGCUCGGCAGCGCCCUGCGAGGCAGGCCAGCGCGCGCAGGCGAUUCGACCUCGCCCAGCGGGCCCGCCUCGCCGAGGUCGCGGUGCAGAGGAUGGAGCUUCCCCCGUCGGGGAGCUUAGGGGAGCUUCCGAAGAAGGUCGCGAUGAAGGUGACGACGGUCGUCCUGAACACCGCGGCGCUGGUGCUGAGCUGGCUGUGGUCCAUGCUGGAGCCACCGACGACCACGACGUCCAUGAUGGUGGCGGUCGUCCCGUGCACCGUGGCGCAGGUGCCACGCCUGGCGGCUGCGAACAUCACGAUGCUGCUCGGUACGCUGGUGGAGUUCCUCGUGUUCUUCUGGCAGGGCCUCGCGUUGCAGAUCGCCGCGUUGGCCCGCGGCGACGGCUUCCCCGACCCGUUCGACGAGCGGAGGGUUACGGGUGGGCGCCGACGGCUUUUGGUCAUCCAGAGCCACUUCUUCCAGACGGUGGGCACGGAGCGGUUGGGGGGCAAGCCGUCCGAGGUCUGGAUCCAGGAGCGCGAGUCGGAGCACCAGGCGCCGGACCGGGUCUUGCGCGCUGCCGAGAAGCUCAAGCCAGCCGCUGCCGUGCCCGCGCCUCCGCGGGGCCGCUGGGGCCACGGCGCGCCAGGCGGAGGCAAGUACAGCAAGGGCCCGAGCAAAGAGGAGAUCGAGGAGGCCGCCAUCCAGAAACACAAGGAGCAGAUCGCGGCGAGGGCCAAGGAUCGACUAAGGACCGCAAAGAUGGGCGAGCGCGACACGCGGGAGGACAUCUCCAAGGUAUUCCGGCUCUUCGACGACGACAGGACAGGGACCAUCACGGCGACCGGAACAUGUUAA